AUGGCUGAAGCGGGAGCUAAGGUUUCUAUGGCGGCCAGACGGACAAACAAGCUGCAGGAAGUGCAGACAGCGAUCGCAAACAGCGGGGGCGUGCCAAUAUCAGUCAAAACGGACGUAACAAAUAGAGAAAUGUACGUCAAGGAGCUGGUGAGGCACACCGAGGCGACGCUGGGGCCAGUAGACAUUCUGGUCAACAAUGCGGGCACCAUGUACUACACCAUGAUGAAGAAUAUACAUGAAGAUGAGUGGGACACACAGAUUGACGUCAACAUCAAGGGUCUAACAAACUGCAUUGUCGCUGUGCUCGGCGGAAUGGUCCAGCGGCAAAAAGGACACAUCAUUAACAUGUCGUCAGAUGCGGGGAGAAGGGGUUUCCCGGGCCUAGCGGUGUACUCGGGGACGAAGUUCUACGUGGAGGGGCUGUCCCAGGCCCUGAGGCACGAGAUGUCAGGGUCAGGGGUAAGGGUCACGUGUAUACAGCCUGGGGACGUGAAAACAGAACUUUUCCAACAUAGCACGGACACAGAGGCACAGGAUCAGUUUGACGGAAGCAAAAAGUGUAAAAUACUGGAGCCGGAAGAUAUAGCGAGGGCCGUGGUGUAUGCCGCCUCCUAGCCAGCUCACGUCGGCGUCAACGAAAUCCUUAUAGAACCUAGGGAAGCUCCGA